ACGCUGCAAUCGCUUGUUAGUGACGUCAUAUUGAUGAAAAUUCUCAUUAUUAUUUAUUGUUAGAGAUGCAUAUAAGACUGUAAGUGAUAUAUUGCUCUACCAUGUAAAUAAUUAAGUCUGUACAUACAUUAAAAAUCACUAAGCUGGUAUAAUUUUAUUUGCAUUAAGUAAUAUAAGAAUUUAUUGUGUGAAAUGCAAUUUAUACAGUUCCUAUCAAGGUUUUAAAAGCUUCCCGUAAUUGUUUAUAGCUAAGUGCCAAAGCAAACUACACUUACAAGAGUUUUGACUAUGACAAAAGAGUUGUCUGGUAGGUAGAAUUUUCUAACGCCACUUAUUGUUAUGCUGCUUUGACACUGCAGUUAGUUUACAAAGAGUGCAAGCGUUUGCAUUAUUUUAAUCCUUGUAGCUAUUUACUCAUCUCUUUGAAUCAGCGUUCAUUUUUAACGUCUCUACGAUUGUGUUAGGAGUAUUGAAUAAUCAUGUGGUGCUCUACUAGUGGUUAUGGGAGUGAUACUGCUGUUGAAUUUAUUGAGCCACGCAAAAAUCAAAUGUGUUCUCGCUGUAGUGAACAUACUGUUUACUCGAGCUUGUUGCCUUGCCUUCAUUCAUUCUGUAAGUUUUGUUUAAAUCAGCUUGCACACGAUCGUUCAUGGAAUUUUUCAGAAUUUAUUGUUUGCCCAAGUUGUCAUAAAAAUGCAUCUUUGCAAGAAGAUUUUAUCCCUGAGAUAGCUAAUGUUCAAGCAACCUUCCUUAACCACAUGCUUAAACACCAUCCAUCCUUUAACACCAUCAUUAAUCUGGUUGAUGACUUUAGUGCCUAUUCUUCUCCUGUUGAUGAGCCUAGUUCAUUAUGUACAUCUUGUGAUGAAGGUAAUAAAACAGUUGCACGUUGUAAAGAUUGCAAUGAAGUUCUUUGCGAGAAUUGUGUCAGAGCUCAUCAGCGGGUUCGUUUAACAAAAGAUCAUGUUAUUGAUACAUUUUCGGCAAAUUCUCCCGAUUACCAGUUACCUGUCAGCUCAUUACCAACAAUUAAACAGUCAAAUUUUUGUGAUCUGCAUCCCUCAAAAGUCCUCCGCCUGUAUUGCGAGUUAUGCAGGGAACCUUUAUGCAAUGAAUGCAUCAUGGAUGUCAAUCAUUCUGGGCACUCAAUGAGCUAUUUACAAGAUGCAGUUGCUGAUUGCAGGAAAGCAACUUUAACUUUGUUGGAAGAAGCAGCAAAUAAUAAAAUUAGCUUAGAGGAAAGCAUCCAAAGAAGUCAAAGAUUGUCUGAUGAUGUUGAGCUUAAAAUACAAAAUGUUGCUACUGAAAUCAGAACAACUGUUCGAAGACACGUGUCUGUUUUAGAGGAAAGGGAGCGAGAACUAUUACGCCAACUGGAAAAGAUAAGGCAAAUUAAAGGUAGAGCAAUUUUAUUACAGACUAAAGAUUUAAAGUCUCUUUUGAAGGAAAUGUCACGAAUAAUAGAAUUUAUUCAACAUGUAUUAGACUCUGGUAGUGAUAUUGAUAUUUUAAAAGCAAAAGAAAAGUGCUUAUUAGAAAUAAGUGAAUUAAGACAACGACGUAGUAAUAUGCAGUUUAAUGAAGAUGACAACGUAAUAUUUACGCAGCCUGACAAUGCUCUGUUGGGUGCCAUUAGUACCCUUGGGUUUCUAAGCACAUCAGGAUUUGGUCCUAAUUCUGUUGCUGCUGGUGAAGGUCUCCAACAAGCCCUUUGUGGUCACCAGUCAACAUUUUUGGUCCAAGUAAAAGAUUAUUUGGGUGAGCUUCAAGUAGUUGGAGGUGAUAUCUUGAGUGUGAAUGUCCAGUCACCUGAUGGCACUAAUUGCAAAGCACAUGUCAUUGAUCGCCAAAAUGGUACCUAUGCUAUCUGCUAUGCCCCAGAAGUUGUUGGCCAACAUGUAAUAUCUGUUUUAUUACGUGGGAUGCAUAUUCAACAGAGUCCUUUCCACGUUAAUGUUCGUAUGGGACGCAAUUAUAGCCAAGUUGGAAAAGUCUUGCUUUCUUUUGGUGGUGAAGGAGAUAGUGAUGGAAAACUUUGCAGACCCUGGGGAGUUUGUACUGACAAAAGUGGAAAUAUUAUUGUAGCUGAUCGAAGCAAUAACAGAGUACAAAUUUUUAAUCCUGAUGGUACCUUCAAAUUUAAAUUUGGUUCUCCAGGUCAAAGACCAGGGCAAUUUGAUAGACCUGCUGGUGUUACUACUGAUCAUCUAAAUAGAAUUAUUGUUGCAGAUAAAGAUAAUCAUCGAAUUCAGAUUUUUGAUGGAGACGGGAAUUUUAUUCUUAAGUUUGGAGAAAGGGGAAGUAAGAAUGGACAAUUCAAUUAUCCAUGGGAUGUUGCUGUUAAUGCUGAAGGGCACAUCUUGGUAUCAGACACUAGAAAUCAUAGAUUACAACUUUUUGGAUCUGAUGGAUCUUUUAUUAACAAGUAUGGUUUUGAUGGUGGUCUGUGGAAGCAAUUUGAUUCUCCUCGUGGAGUGAGUUUUACAUCAGAUGGUCAUAUGGUUGUAACUGACUUUAAUAAUCACCGUAUUCUUGUGGUUCAUCCAAAUUUUCAAUCGGCAAGAUUUUUAGGGCAAGAAGGUUCAAACAAUGGUCAUUUCUUAAGACCUCAAGGAGUAGCUGUUGAUCCAGAAGGGCAUAUUAUUGUUGCAGAUUCAAGGAAUCAUCGCAUUCAAAUUUUCCAUCCAAAUGGACAUUUUCUCUGUAAGUUUGGAACAUAUGGAGUGGGACCUGAUCAGAUGGAUAGACCUUCAGGUGUAUGCGUUUCUCCUGAAGGCUAUAUUAUUAUAGUGGAUUUUGGUAACAAUAGAAUUCAAGUAUUUUAAGAAGUUUUGUAUCAAGAUGCUCUGAUACCUAUAACUGAUGACCUCUGUAGCAUUAUAUAGCUCAGGGAAUGGGUCUUCAAAGCAUUAAAAUAUUUUAGAGGUGCUUAGUUUAAUAAGUUCCUUUUUAACUUUUUUUAUAGCGUGUGAUAAGAUUUUAUACCUCGCUACUAAAGUCAUUUCAUGACAAUUUUCUUCUACCUCAAAUUAAAGGAAUUAUAAUUUUUUCUUUGAAAAUUUUACUGCAUUGCUGCAUAGCAGUUGCAAUUUGUUAUUUUCGUUACUUUAGUUUUCUAAUUUUACUGUACUCUUUAAGCAUUUACUAUUAAUCGUGCAUUUAUGUCGACGAAUUUUCAUUAAAAUGAAGUGGAGUUUUGACAUGAAAAUUGUCAUAAAUGUGACUAAAAUUUUGCAAAUGGUACAUGUUCCUAAAUUGAAGCACUUAAAAGUGUGUGAAGCAAAAUGUUUAAAUUUGUCUUGUGAUCGAGUGUAGAGUAUAUAUAUUUAUUUAUGCUGAUAGUUUAGUCAUAUCUGCUUUAAAACUAAAUGUAACUACAGUAACAUUAGUUUGUUUUUAAGAACAAUUUGACAUAUGAUAUUAGAAAGUAGCAGUUUGCUAAAUGUUAUCUGAUCAAUUAUGAAAUCUGCAAAGUAAUAUCUACCAUAUUUUGUUUUAUUGCUGAUAUUGAAUUAAAUUUAAAUUUAUUUUGAAUAAAACUUCUUUUUUUUUUUUCUUUUAAGAAUUGUAUAAUUCAGGGCCGUAGCUAUAAAGUGAAAUAUAGGAUGAAUAAACCAGUCCCCGAAACAAAAUUUACCAAAAGAACCUGCCAAUAAAUUUUUAAAUAAGUUUUUAAUAUUUUCAUUUUAAAGUGUGGACAAUAUACAAAGUGAAAUUAAAAGUUUGUCUACUUUAUUUCAUUUUAACUUUUUAGAAUGCUAAGCUUUACAAUUGUCCCUAUAGCAAUAAAAAAAAUUUUUAGUUGCUCUAAUUGUUAUAAAGUAUUGCUCUUUAUAUCAAAAUAUCUUUUUUUUUUUAAAGACUUUAUUAGGAUAAAUUAUUCAAACAAUUAGGGAAGAUAUGGUGAUAAUGAAUUAGAAUAUAAUUUAUAAAAGUUAGUAUAACUGACUGGUUAUAAUAAUUUUCUUGUGAAUAAAAGAACCUGAUAUAAAGUAUCGCGAAUUUUAUAUGUUGGUGAGUGCAAACUUUACCCAAGAAAUAGUUUUUAAUUAACUUUUUUAUCUUAAGUUGAGAAUAAAUCACUAACUACUCUAUAAAAUUUUGCAAUCUUUGCCUUAGCUAAGAAAUGUUAAUAUUUAUAUUUCCAUAUUUUAAAUACGCUUGAUUAUUUUAACCUUUUACUAAAUAAAAUCCUGGCUGCGGUCCUGGCAUAAUUAUUUGUUACAACUUAUUCAUAUGAAUGAGAUAUGUCUAAAAUAUUUGUUUUUAAAGUUUAUUUAGAUUUGUUGAACUAUUUGAAUAUUAUUUAUAAAGGUGCAUCUAAAGUAUCGAUUAUAUGUACCUGCAAUGAUUUUAAAUAUUCAGUCUUCAGCUUUUGUGUUUUUUUUUCCCGGUGUAGUACCAUUUGAAAGUUUUGUGAUAUUAAAUUACAUAAUUAAGAUUUAGUUUAAUAAAAUAUUUUAUGCAUAAUUCCAUUUAAGUCACUUUUAGAAUUCAUUAACCAAUAAUAUCAAUAUUUAAAAACUAUAAUUAGAAUUUUUGUUUGCUUUAGUUAUUUAUUAGGUUUAUAGUUUAUUUUUUUAAUUUAGUUAUCUUUCUAUAAGUAUAUUUACUGUCAAUAACUUAAAACUUAUUACUUUUUUUAAUAUAAACUUUUAAUGUUAUUUUUGUUCUGUGUUUUAGCUAAGAACAGAAUUCUUCUAGUGAGUAUUGUUACUAGAAUGAAAUUAGUUUAUGUGAUAAUUUUUGUUGCUGAAUUCAUUUUAGCAAUAAAUCUUUUUUUCUCUAAGAUAUUUAAAACAGUACAAAUUCUAAUUCUUAUUUUUGAUUUAAAUGUAAAAUUAUAUUUUAAUACCCUUGUUUAUCUUGCCAGUAAACUUUUUAUUAUAUUUUAAUAUCCUUGUAAAAAUGUCAGUAAACUAAGUCGAAUUUAGAUGGCUGAAAUGCUUUGCUUUCAUAUCAAUGCAUAUUAAAUUAUAAUUGAAUGUUACUUACUACAAAAUUUAGCAUACAGGUAGGGUUAUAGUAAACAAAUAAUUGAUUUAAAUAAACUUAUGUAAAAUUAUUUUACUUUUAAAAUAAUGUGAUUCAUAUUUUUAAAGCUAGAUUUCUAACAUAAAGAUAUGUUUCAUGGAAGAUAAAUUGGUUUUGUAGCUAUGUUCUUUUAAUUUUUUUUUAAGGAAUUACAAUAUUCCUAGAUUGUCUUGACUGAAUGGUUUUUCUUUUGAGUGUGCCUCUCAUAGGAUUUUGCCAGCAUUAUACGUGUAUUUAAGAGAAACUCUAUCAGUCCGAAUUGAUUAUAUUUUAGAUUAGUUAUUUAGGUUUGUGUAACAAUAUUCAUUUUAAAUGACAAAUUAUCAGUUAUGUUGGUAUAAAUUAUCGCAGAAAGAGAGUUUUCUGAUUUGAAAGUAGUGCUAUCCUAAUGAUUAAUUCAUAGUUUUAAAAAAAAAAAAUUACGAAAUAAAAUUACCGAUUUUGGCAUGAAAGAAGUAAAUUAUGUCCUUCUAAUAAAUUAUUUUUAAUCGGUCAUACUCUUCUAUUUUAAAUAAAUGACCCAGAAUAUCUCUUGGAAUGGGAUAAUUUCUGGUCACCUAUUGGGUAAUUGCUGUUCACUUACAAAUUUAAUAUAAAUAUUUUUUUCUUUUUAUUUGCUACUUCAAUUUAUUAAACCAAUAAAGCUUAUUUUCAUCAUAUGUAGACAUUAAUAAUAUUAUGUUUAUAGAGUUUAUAACAAUAUUUUUGAACUAAAUAUAAAUUUAUUCACAUUCAGCAAAACUUUAGCCUAGGUAUUUUUUGUGCAUUUUGUAUACAUAUCUCUGGCUUCCCUGUCUAUUGUGAUUUAAUCUACACCUUUUAAAGUAAUUGGCCCAUAAAAGAAUGGAACAAAUGUUUACUGUCAGUAUUUCACCUACAGGGUUGGAACAGCUGCGCAAUUGCUCCAAAGGGAAACUUCUCCUAAAUGCUGUUUUUUUCUUUUUUUCCUUCUAAAAGUAGAACAAAUGCUAAUUGUCAUUAUUCAACCUACAGGGUUGGAACUGUAGUGCAAAAUUCUUCAAAGUGAAACUUUUGCUUCUCCUACAUGCCCCCCCCCCUCUGCCAAAUUGCACUAAACUGCUUCUGAACUCUAAUACUAUUAAUUGUGCAAAAGGUAAACUUUGGCAAAAAAUCAGGUAUCACAACAUCAAAUCAAACUUAGUAAACUAUCAAUACAUGACAACUUUUUUCUCAAAUAGAGUGUGACAAAAAGACCUAAAAUUUGAAGUAUGUGUGUCACAGUAGCAUUGUAUUUAAAAUAUUGGAAUUUUAAAAAAAUAGUAGAAAUAAUCAUAAAAAAUGUGGUAUAUAAUCUAGAGUGGUUUUUGCAUAAGUCAUUAACAAAUUAUUACUCAAAACAAAUUUGCAUGUAAUAACAAUUAAUAAUAUCGUAAUUUUAAAAAAUCACAUGUAGAAAAACUAUAAGAAAAUGACGUAGAUUAACAAUGACUCAGCACAUAAUUAGUGCUUUUAAAAUAUCAGAAUUUGAAAAACUUUAUCAAAGUGUGAGAAGAAAUUGUAAAUUACCACCGAAAACAAUCAUAUGACGUGUAUUUAAGAUUAAAUUGCUGCGAAACAAAUGCAUCAGAAAGGGAAAAUUUGAAUUUAAAAUUUGUGUGUUUAAUAAUAAAUAUAUUGGAAAAUAAAAUAUUAAAUAUAAAAUAUUGGAAUUUGAAAAACCCUGCAGGAAUGGCCAGAAGUAACUAUGUGCUGUAAAUGCUAUCCAAAAACCAUGGGAAUUUACUUUGAAAUCAUCUAGAAUUAAGUUUUUUCCCUCCCUCUUCAAUAUAGUGUGAUGCAUAAUCAAGAUCUUAGAGUAGGUAAUGAGAAAAAAUUUUCAUCAAAUGAGCAAACAAGGCUAUGCGUGCCACAAACUAAAACAGUUAAUAUAGCCAAAUAUAAAAAUUAUUGGUUCCAAAAAUCACAUUUAUUUGCUCCAAAAACACAUUUUUUCUGCACCAAAAUAGCUGCUGUUUCAUUUUUGUAUACAAUUUUGACCUGUAUAAUUUACCUGCUCUUUCCAAGAAUGCUCUUCACUCCUUGUUGCUCUGGUGACUUAUUUCAACUGAAAAGAGAACUAUUUAAAACUUAGUUGUGAGAAUGAUCUUUGUUAAAAUGUAUCCUUCCCUAGGCCAGUAUUAUUUUAUAGAAAUUUAUUUAAGAUUUAAAUUUUUUUUAGACUUUAUAAAUAUUGAUCUUAUAAUUGAAUCAAUGAUUUUAAUGUUCAGAGUAAUGUAUUCUAAUGUUCGAAUAGUUCAGGGUAUCUCUUUGAUAUUUUUUUUUUUUUUGAGAAUUUUUCCAAGUAUAUUAAAAAGUUGUGACCAGGAGUUGCUUUGAAAGUUUAUUGACCAGGAAUUAUCCAGGUAACAUUGCUUUUUUUUUUCAUAUACCUAAUGUUUUGUUAGAUUUUAGAAGUAUAUGUGAUCUUUAUUUUUUGUUCUCGAUUUUUUAGAAAGUUAUUUGGAUUAACAUCUCAUUUUAUAUAGUUUAAAAUAUGAUUAAUGUGUUGUAAUAGAUUUAUUAAAAUCUAUUGCCAGUGUUAUAAAACUGAAAUAACUCGUACCUCUUUUUAUAAAUGCAACAGACCAAUAGCAGAACCACCUAAUUUAUCUGCAACAUGCAAGGAAAAAUUCUAAAAUUUAUCACAUUUGUAUUCAAAUGAUGUACUUACUAAGUUCACCAAUAUUCAAAGGCAAUGUCCAAUACAACAAUGCAUGAUAAAGUAUCUACGCUACUAAAAAAUGUCCUUUAUUAACUGAAGUUUAAUUAAAGAAGAUGAAAAACUAGCUAUUGCAUGAAAGGCCAAUUUAUUUUAGUUUUACUUAACUUUGCUUUAUGUUUGUGUAUAAAGCAAAAAUAAGUUGGCAGUACUCUUAAUUUUUAAAAGUGGUACAUACCUUCAUCCGGUUUCAGUUGGUACUCUACUUUUAAAGCGAUAGAUAUUCAUGAUCCAGUUUGACAGUCUCAAUAUAUUUAGCAUUACAUUUUUAAUUAUGAAAUAUUUUUAUAUUUGGAACUGAUCUGUUAUGCGUUUGCGACAGUUGUUUGCUGAUUUUUUUUCUCGCCAACCACUUUUAACACAUUUCUAUUAAUGCCACUUUCAUCACGUGCAGAACGUAGACUAUUGCAAUCCUAAAAAAUUCAAAAUUUUCUAUGUAUAAUUCUCAUUUUUUAACACAAAAUAUACAUUAAAAACAGCAGAUCUAUAUCUAUUUUCUUCUGAGUCGAUAGUUUUGUUACCUGCUGCAAAUUUCAUGAAAAAUUUCUCAAUAGACGCACACAAAACUAUUAUUUUACAAACUAAACUUUUUUUGUUGUAUCUCUUCUGCAAUAUGUAAGCUCAAAACUAUUAUUUAAUGAAACAGGAUUAUAAAAAAAUGCAAUAUGAAACUCAUUAAAGUUACUAAUAAAAUGUGAUACCUAUUUCUUUUCUUCAAAAUCAUUGAAAUUAUCAUAGAGACUUAAGACUUUAAUCAUAGUCUUAACAGAUGCACUUCAAUGAAAAAUUGACUUCAUGUCAUAUUAAAUCUUUUCUUAUUCAACGAAUUUACUUAUUAAUGCAUAACGCAGCUAUGUCAAUCUUCUCAGGCUCUAUUUAAACAAAUGAGCUUUAAACCAAGCUGGUGGAUUUUACAUUUCACUUAAAACCAAUUCUGUGCAAAACUUCAAAAUUGUUUUAAACAUUCUUAAUUUAUCCUGGCAAUGUAGAUGAUUGAAGAAAUCCAGGCAACCCCAAAUAACAUCUGUCAUCAAACCUAAAAUAAACACAGGUGACGAUUUUGCACAUGCUUG